AUCCCCUUGGAGGAAAUGUAGACUCAGGCGCAACACUCAGGGCUUAGUAGGCAUCCUACACCCCUGAAACACGCACAUACUAAAGCAAGUCCACCAAUUUCACUUUAGUAUUCAACAUGAAGGUCUCCAGCAUAGACUGCAGGCGUCUGAGGAAGAUUAUACGGAAGGAGUGUGGACGGUGUUUAAUCGUGGACUGUAGAUCGUACUUUUCGUUUUCCAGCUCUAGUAUCAGAGGAUCCGUCAAUGUCAACCUCAACUCCGUGGUGGUCCGAAGGUCCCGCGGCGGUCCGGUACCGCUCCAGUUUGUCAUUCCGGACGAGAAAGCUCUGUUUCGGCUUCGGGAGGGUAGCAUCUCGGCGGUCGUGGCUUUGGAUGAUCGCACACCUCAUUUACAAAAACUGAAAAAAGACAGCAUUGCUCAUAUAGUGAUAAAUACUUUAUCGCAUCUGGCGAGUACCGCGAGCAUCUGUUUUUUAAAAGGAGGCUAUGAGAACUUCCAUUCCCAGUACCCAGAGCUUUGCACUGAAACCAAGUCUGCUGUGAACCUGAGUGAAGAUGAAACCGAAAGAAGUGUGAACAGCCACUGUGACAAACUGGGUUCCCACCACAAACCAGACUAUGAUCAGGGACGGCCAGUGGAGAUCUUGCCUUUUUUGUACCUGGGCAGUGCCUAUCACGCCUGCAGACAGGACUAUCUCAGUGACCUCGGCAUAACAGCGCUGCUGAAUGUCUCACGCAGGGAUUCCCGUCCAACAAAGGGACAGUACCACUACAAAUGGAUCCCUGUGGAGGAUAGCCAUAGGGCAGACAUCAGCUCACACUUCCAGGAGGCCAUAGACUUUAUCGAAUGUGUGAAAGAAGAAGGUGGUAAAGUGCUGGUACACUGCGAGGCUGGUAUCUCUCGCUCUCCCACCAUCUGCAUGGCGUACAUCAUGAAGAGCCAACGGUUGCGGUUGGAGCAGGCCUUCGACAUCAUCCGACAGCAGCGGGCGAUCGUCUCCCCCAAUGUUAGCUUUAUGGGUCAACUACUGCAGUUCGAGUCCGAGGUGGUUUCCUCCACGCCUCCGUCCGCCACUCCCAACGAAACCUCCAGGGCUGAGGAGACCCCCACCUUCUUUAAUGGUGACUUUACAAUCAAAAGCGAGAGCUUCGAGUCUUCGGUUUUCACCUUCCCUACCUCUUUCCUGUCGCCAAUGCCCAUUAAACCACCAGUUCACCAGUUUAAAUUGAGUCCAAUAACUGCACUGCCUUAAACGGGCCGCCCGACUCACCGCAGUCUUCGAGUACUUGAAAAAUCAAAGGACAGAAUAAUGGACUACCACAGGGAAUAAAACUCUUACGUUUUGUUUUUUUAAUGUGAACGAAAGUGUUUGCUUUAUGAUUUUGUUUGCCUUAGAAAAUCACUGCACAAUGGUUACACUGCAAUAACUGCCUUAGCUCGAUGAUGUACUGCUUAUGAACAGCUCCUAGCUGGGCAAAUUAAAUUAUUAUUAAUUUUUUAACAGUUUCUUUUUUUAUGAAUUGUGAAUCUGUUAAUAAAUGUUUUUACAGAAAUA